AUGAACAUAACUUGCUUGCCUGACGAUCUCCGUGAUGCCGCACUCAAAACUGCAGCAGAGACGCUCAUUCAGUGUCUCCAGGCAAUGCCAGAACUGCAGGGAGCUAAGGUUGCAAUUGUCGGUGGGAUGGCAGUCCAAAAUUAUUUGACAGGCUACCGGCGAACCUAUGAUGUGGAUGUUUUGCUCUUCAGACCUGACCGUCCCAUUGACUACCAAUUGAUGCGCAAGGAGCUGGUCUCCCUGUCUCAGCACAAACGGAAGCCCAAAUAUUCGUACUUUGUGCAGGUGGACAUUAUUCCAGAAUAUUUGCCACCGUACCUACCUGCGCAGGCAAUGACGCUGGAAGACGUGGACAUAGGCCAUCUGCCUUUUCUGGACCCAUUGGACCUUCUUGCCUGCAAGGUCCACUGCUCAAGCAUGCGUUCCUCUCUCAGAAAACGAAAACAGGACGCCGACGACGCAGUGAAGCUCUGCGAAACUUAUUACGGCCAAGAGUAUGUUCCGCCGAGCAAAGAACAGAGAGACGCCAUCGCUUCGGGGGUGGAUCUGAUGGCUGAGUUUUCCAGGCGGUCUCACUGGAGGAAGUGGAGGCUGAGACAAUGGGUAAAAUCUGUGAGAGGCGCAGCCUGCGGGUGGGUUCAAUCUGCUGGACAGAGACUGAUAUAA